UGGCGGAUGACUUCUACCUUGUUUCACAUUUUUCUGCCCUCCCUCUUUUCCUUUUGGCCCAGGAGGACGAUUGGCCUGUCCAAUCUUUGCUUGAAUACGAUGCUACAGGAAUUACGAGUAGUACUAUCACUCUCACAUCCACAAUCGAUCACACACACUCUGAUUCGUCUUCUUCUAUCAUCCCGCUUUUCCAUGCGCGGGAGUUAUGUUUUGUACUACUAAUACUCCGUACUCUACUAAUAGUCCACAUACUUGCUAUCACUGGCAGCUUAAGUGGAGACGUUCUUUUGAUCCUCCUCACUAAUCGGGAGCGUAGACUCAGUUCCCCAUCCCCCCUAACGAACGCCCCUGGAAGAGCUAAUGCUUUAGCAACUUAGCCACGGCUUGUCCUCACGUCGUGCACAUCCCGAUGCUCGGACAAGUUCUGAGGUCGCGGCCCGCAAGGCUCAUUAGCUCUUGAUCGUCCUUGACCUAACGGGUCUUCUCUCAUACAAUGUAGACCGUGUCCCCUUCCUCCUCAGAUCUUUUUGAGGAUCGAUGAGACCUGUGGUGGGUGACAGUCUUGCUCGCUGACUCCGCCUAUCUUUUUACUAUCCCUAAACGCGAUCUACGAUCUUCUCUCCUCCACCUCCCCGCGUCGACGAGCCAAUUCAAUUCUCUCGUACCUCUCCCCCUUUACUGGGUGGCUAAGGAAAGCCAAGCUCUCAGGGUAUCCCAGCUGUCUUUGCCUUUCCUACUUUGUGCCGUUAUUUUUUUUUUUUUUCUUUUGACGUCGUCCCUGACCCCAGGCGGAGCCUGAAAGACCGUACAAA